AUGCAGAGAAACUUCGAGGAUCCUAUCUUGAAACAGCGAAUUGUGAAACUCAUUGUCGACAUCUCUGCUAAGGCUCUUGAUAAGACCCCUAAUUUCGCCCUCAAAGUCUUGGAGUACGUUCUUAUGACACGCCUACCUGAUCAGCCGGAGUAUCCGGCUUACGCAGAAGCUGUGAAAGAACUACAUGGGCUAGCUAGUCACGAACUGCGGCGGCUCGCGAGUCGCUAUGCUGAUUACUUUUCUACAUUCUAUGAUCUCUUGGAACCGAAGAUCCAGGAGAUCACGAUGGCUAACCGAGUUGAUGACAAACUUCACAUGGAAUUUACAUCAGUCCUCCUCAUCAUAAUGCAACGUGCAAACAACAUCGAGCCCUACCUACGCCAGACUCGGCUGGCCUCGUUUGUGGAGCCGAUAACACAGGCCUGGCAAGACGGUGAGCUGCGAAACAUGUCUUCCACGUUUGAGGGAUUCUGUAAUCUGCUCGGUUUGCAGAAUGUGGGGCCAUAUAUGCAAUCGAGACAAGCACAGAAAUUGGAGGAUUGGACAGAAGCAGCUCUUGACCCAGAGGGCAAGGCAGUGCAGGAGGAAAUGACCAGGAAGUUCCAGCAAUUGCCAUUGAGAGGCACGAAGACAAUGCUAGCAGUCUCAACUGAUAAGCUCAAGAAAUCAGAGCCAGCGUAUCAAGUUGCGUGCACACUUUGGCAUGAUGUUAUUCCAACUAUUCUGCCAACUUUGCUGCAGCUGGUUAGGUAG